AUGAGUCAACAAGGUUAUGUGGCCACACCUCAAUACUCCCAGUCCCAGCCUGGAAUCGGAGCCCUUUCUCCUCCUCUUUAUGGCCAUUAUGGGGAUCCAUCACAGACGGCCGCUCCAUCAGGUCUGAUGAAACCAGCGGGGUCUUUGGGAGCAGCUGCCCCCAUUGGGCUUUCCGGCCCGGGACCCCAGCCGUUGAUCCAGAAUGGGCCCCCCGGCUCCAGGCCUCCACAUCCAAGGUUCCCAGGCCCCCCGCCAACCAGCAAUGCAGCACCUGCCGGUCCACCAUACAGCCAUCCGUCACAACCACCCUAUCCAAAUCCUGCUCCCUCCUCCUCCUCCUCCGCUUCUUCCUCAUCCACCACCCAGUUGGGCCAUCAGCUCAGCGCCAUGCACAUUAAUAGUUAUGGUCCUGGAAUGGCUCCAAAUCCCCAGGUGCCCCCGGGCCCUCCAACAGCAACAACUUUCCAAAGUCCCGGACAACCAUCCCAACCCACAAUUUUGCAGCCUGGGCCCCGGGUCCUCCCGCCACCACCGACCACCCUCAAUGGCCUGGGCACUGCCCCACCGUUGCCACCAUUGGCCAGGCAAGACAGAAUUCCUGGAUCUGGUCCCCCCAAUGCUGGUCCUCAGUCUCCACCUCUCCCAGGAGAAGCAGCAGGCCCUGGGUACCCUCCACAGCAAGCCAAUUAUGGUCCCCAGAUGCCUGGAGCUCAGCUGUCUUACCCGGGGGCCUACCCAGGGGGUCCCGCCCAACUGGCUGGCCCUCCUCAGCCCCAGAAGAGGCUGGAUCCUGAUUCCAUCCCAAGCCCCAUUCAGGUGAUUGAAAAUGAUAAAGCCAUCAGAGCGGGGCAAGUUUAUUUUACCAACACCAAGGGCCAGAUCCCACCUCUCGUCACCACAGACUGUGUGAUCCAAGAUCAAGGCAACGCCAGUCCUCGGUACAUACGAUGCACCACGUACUGCUUCCCGGCUUCCUCAGACAUGGCUAAGCAAGCUCAGGUUCCCCUAGCCGCGGUCAUCAAGCCCUUUGCUACCAUUCCGGCAAAUGAGACUCCCCUCUACGUAGUCAACCACGGCGAGACGGGGCCAGUCCGCUGCAACAGGUGCAAAGCUUACAUGUGUCCGUUCAUGCAGUUCAUCGAGGGAGGACGAAGAUACCAGUGUGGAUUCUGCAGCUGCGUGAACGAUGUCCCGCCGUUCUACUUCCAACAUCUGGAUCACGUGGGCCGGAGACUGGACCACUAUGAGAAGCCCGAGCUGUCUCUAGGAUCGUACGAAUUCGUCGCGACUCUGGAUUACUGCAGAAAAAAUACGCCUCCAAACCCACCAGCGUAUAUCUUCAUGAUCGACGUGUCGUAUAGUAAUAUAAAGAAUGGCCUUGUGAAGCUCAUCUGUGAGGAACUAAAGACUGUGCUGGAAAGACUUCCAAAGGAGGAGCAAGAAGAGACUUCGGCCAUUCGAGUGGGAUUCGUCACCUAUAACAAAGUUCUCCAUUUCUUCAACGUGAAAGGCAACCUGGCCCAGCCUCAGAUGAUGGUGGUGACCGACGUUGGUGAAGUCUUUGUUCCCCUCCUAGACGGCUUCCUGGUCAACUAUAAGGACUCCCAGGCGGUUAUUCACAACUUGUUGGAUCAGAUUCCAGAAAUGUUUGCAGAUACGAAGGACAACGAGACCGUCUUCGCUCCCAUCAUCCAGGCCGGCAUGGAAGCCCUGAAGGCAGCGGAGUGUGCUGGAAAACUGUUUAUCUUCCAUUCCUCCUUGCCGACGGCUGAGGCUCCAGGAAAGCUGAAGAACAGAGACGACAGGAAGUUGCUCAAUACGGAUAAAGAGAAGGCACUUUUCCAGCCCCAGACAAAUGUCUAUGAGGCCCUGGCUAAGGACUGCGUGGCCAACGGUUGUUGUGUGGAUCUGUUCCUCUUCCCCAGCCAGUUCGUGGAUGUGGCGUCUAUGGGUCUCGUGCCCUUGCUGACUGGAGGGUCGCUUUUCAAGUACAAUAAUUUCCAGGUGUGCGCCGACAGCCAGCACUUCUUGAACGACCUCAGGAACGACAUAGGGAAAAAGAUCGGAUUUGAUGCCAUCAUGAGGGUUCGCACCAGCACAGGUUUCAGGGCCACUGACUUCUUGGGUGGCGUUUACAUGAACAACACGACCGAUGUGGAGAUGGCGGCGAUAGACUGUGACAAGGCUGUGACGGUGGAGUUCAAGCAUGACGACAAACUCAGUGAAGACAGCGGAGCCUUAAUCCAGUGUGCCGUGCUUUACACUACCGCCAAUGGCCAGAGAAGACUCCGGAUCCACAACACCAGUUUAAACUGCAGCUCCCAGUUAGCUGAUCUCUACAAGAGCUGUGAGACCGACGCGCUCAUAAACUUCUUUGCUAAGUCAGCGUUUAAAGCUGUUCUGAAUCAACCCUUGAAGACCGUCCGGGAAAUUCUGGUAAACCAGACUGCGCACAUGUUGGCGUGCUACAGAAAACACUGUGCCAGCCCAUCGGCAGUAAGCCAGCUCAUCCUUCCUGAUGCCAUGAAGGUGCUGCCCGUUUACAUGAACAGUUUGUUAAAAAACUGCGUCCUACUUAGCAGACCGGAGAUAUCAACUGACGAAAGGGCUUACCAGAGACAGCUGGUCAUGUCUAUGGGAGUGGCAGACACUCAGAUCUUCUUCUACCCACAACUUUUACCAAUACACACAAUGGACCCCACCAGCCUGACUUUCCCCACUGCCAUCCGCUGCUCUGAGGAACGGCUCUCUGAAGGAGGGGUUUUCUUGCUGGCUAAUGGCCUACACAUGUUUCUUUGGCUGGGAGUAAGCACCCCUCCGGAGCUGAUCCAGGGACUCUUUAACGUGCCAUCCUUUGCACACAUCAACAGCGAGGUGACAUUACUGCCCGAAGUGGGGAAUCCAUACUCAGAGAAGCUUAGAACGAUAAUGGAUGUAAUCCAGAAGAAGAGACCAUAUUCAAUGAAGUUAACAGUGGUUAAGCAGCGUGAGCAGCCAGAGAUGGUCUUCCGACAGUUUCUGGUGGAGGACAAGGGCCUGUACGGAGGAGCGUCUUACGUGGAUUUCCUUUGCUGUGUUCACAAAGAGAUCUGCCAGCUGCUCAACUAGACGAAGCUUGACACCUCGCUGUCCUCUUUCCCCACAUUUCUAAGAUCAGUGAAUCUUUUUGGUGCCUGGCUCCCCAAGUGAUACUUUGGGGGCUUCCUCUUGUACAGUUUCCUGAUUUUCAGAUCAUUUUCAGGCUAACUUUGCUAGUGUCACUUAGAAAAGCAGACUCGAUGCUCAGGUUUUCUGCCAAUGAUGAAAGGGUCACACUGCCCAACCCUACAGGGAAAUGCCUAUUUCUAAUUGCACAAAUGUUAGAAAGUCUAAUAACCUAUGCAUUCCAUGAGAUUGGGUUCCAGAGCCAUAAAGAUGCUAUAUGUUUUAUUCUUUUUGCUAUUCAUAUAAAUUAACAGAAUGUAAAUGUGUAGGUUUAGGGAAUUUUCCAGUUACAAUACUGGAAAAAUUGCCAUAAUUUCCUAAAAUGCCCCAAAGAGUGCUUCC